AGAAGCAGGUCGAGGGCUGCGCCUGCUUCCGCCGUUAACACCGGAGAGUCCGCAUCCCUCACGGUGGGAGGGGGUGGCCUUGUCGCUCAGCUGAGGUCCCCGCAGGAGAGGCUGGGAGUUGAGGGGUCCGGUUCACAGAAAACGAGGUUUCAGUCACUGGCUGCGGUAUUGGGAGUAAGGGCAUCAUGUUUGAUCAGCGAUUGAGCAUCUCUAGCGGUCCGUAAUUUUCGGUCUUUGGUUAGUAAUUUAGCGGGCCUGCCCCAAAUCACGAUUGCCGCCCGGUAUAGGUUGGUAUUUAGUGAUGCUGCUGGUAGUAGUGGACUCUGAGGAGGGUCAGCGACUGAUUGGGAAUUUGUGGGACUAGUGAUGGAGCGUGUCUUUGUGAUUCUGAGUCCCUCGGGUUGGGGUCACAUAGAAAUCAAUGAUUGGGCCCUGAAGACAGAUAUCCGUCUUUAGGGUUAUGUUAGGUCAAUGUAUGUGGGGCUGUAUUGGGCAGCUGUUAGGAGCCUGUGUGAUAGCUUAGGGAGCAGAUGGUUUGCGACUAGUGAUUGGGGCUCCAGCCCUGAAUUCUAACGGUUUGCAUUCAGGCUGCAUUCCACACGCGUAUUGUGCUGGGUUUUCUUGAAUGGGUUUAUGCCUGUAAGGAUGUGAGGGUCAGGGAGAGUUCCCCUCCUUCCCCCAAAGGUUUUGUUUCCACUCUUGGAUCUAUCUGGUCAAUAGACUUGAGGCAGUUUAUAUUCUCUGCUACUGUCUGGUAGCUAGCUAAGUACUUCAAGCCAAAGUCUCUCAAAAACCCUCUCUCAAAGCUCCUUUGCUUUCUCCCUGUCUUCUUUCAAUGCAUGUGCUCUCUCUGGACAGUUUCAACCACACUCAUUGCAUCACCUUCCACCUUGAAAGCCAUGACUUGCCAAUCUAUAGCACCAGCCUAGACAUUUCUAAUAAGCUCCAGAUUCACAGUAGCCAGCUGUCUCCUACACAUCUCUGUGGGGUUCACUCACAGAACCUCAAUCUUAACAUGAUAGAAUAUAUCUUCUUAGUUCUCCAUAGUUCACCUGCUCAUCCUACUAUGUUCAUCAUCAUGAAGAGUCACUCUUACUUCAGAUGGCCAUAGUAAAAAUCCUGUAGACAUCUAGUUUUCUCCCCAGCCUUCUUCUCCCCAUGUCCAAUCAAUCUUCUGAUCAUGGUGAUUUAGCCUCCCUGACAUCUCUCCAGUUUGUCCUCCCCAUUCCCACUGCUGUGGUCCUAGUUCAGACUGCAUCUUCCCUUGCCCUAAAUUUGUGUCAGGAAGCCCUUGUAGCAGAGUGUUGCAAACUAAGGGAAAGUCAGAGGAAGGAAUAGCUGAUUCUAUCCAGGAAAGGCUUUCUAGAGGAGGUGACAUUUGAACUGAGCCUAUACAUUUGAAGUGGUCCUAUAAGUCUAUUGAUGACAGUGACUGUUACAGCUUAUUCAAUGUAUCAAGCUAGUGAAUUGUGCCCUUUAGGACUUCAUUGAUAAGAGUUUGGGUUAAGAGGUCAGUAGGACAAUAGCUGCUAAAAAUAACAAUCUUUUUUUUUUAAUUUAAAAAGUAGCCGUUUAUUUUAGAAAAACUGGAAAAUGAAAAUGCUAAAUACAAGUCAAUAGAAAUCACUUUUAAUCCUACCACCAAAGGAUAAAUAUCUAAUUAUAGAUUUAUGGGGCCAAAGGAGGAGGAGAAACUUUUUAAAUGUAUAAAGGAAUACACAUUCACAAAGGUAAAACAUACCAUGACCUGACCUUUUCAGAACUGUAAGUUAAUAAGUUGAUGUUAUCACAGCAUAAUCUUUUGUGGUCUCUCUGAAAGACACUUUUGAAAGGGGCAGGAAUUCACAGGGCAGGCCCAGACUCUUAAGGUGGUCUUCUUUUUAUCCCCUCCCUGCUCAUCCCAGCUCUGUCUUUACAGAUAUCUGUGCCUUCUGAAGAGCAACAGAAAAUGACCAAGUCUCAGGUUGAGACCCUCAAAGUGUGUAUCAAAUUGAACAGGAACGUCCUGUACAGAGAUUUGUGUCAUUCAAGGAUGUGACUGUGGACUUCACUUGGGAGGAGUGGCAGCAGCUGGAUUCUGCUCAAAGAAACCUGUACAGGGAUGUGAUGCUGGAGAACUAUAGCAACCUUGUCUCAGUGGGGUAUCAGUAUCUGAAGUCAGAUGUAGUCUUAUUGAAGCAAGGAGAACCAUGGAUGGAGGGGGGAGAAAUCUCAAAUUGGGCCUAUCCAGACUUUGAAACUGGAAUGAAAGAAUUAACAACACAGAAGAGCAUUUCUGAAGAAGUGGUACUCCAUAACAUGAUUGUAUACUCAACCUUUGAAGACUGGAAACUUGAAGAUGAGAUAAAUCACCAGGAAAACCAGGACAAUUUUUUGAACCAAGUUGCAUUCAUUAACAAUAAGCCCCUGACUGAGGAGAUAGAUUGUGAAUGUAACAGUGCACUGGGGAAAGGAACUCAUCUGAACAGAACAUCUAGUGAACACAACAGAGCCUUCAUGCAAAAGCCACACCUUUUUGCACAGCCGAAAAUUCUAACCAGUGAGAAAUUAUAUAAAUGUGUUCAGUGUGGGAAAGCCUUCAGUGGAAAGUCGGGACUUAUUGUACAUCAGAGAAUUCAUACUGGAGAGAAACCAUACAAAUGUAAUGAAUGUGAAAAAGCCUUUAUUCAGAAGUCACAACUCACUGUACAUCAGAGAACUCAUACAGGAGAGAAACCCUAUGAAUGUAAUGAAUGUGGGAAAGCAUUCAUCCAGAAGUCAAACCUCAUUAUUCAUCAGAGGAUUCACACAGGGGAAAAACCAUAUGAAUGCAAUGAAUGUGGGAAAGCUUUCAUCAAGAAAUCAACACUUAGUGUUCAUCAAAGAGCUCAUACUGGGGAGAAACCAUAUGAAUGUAGUGACUGUGGGAAAGCCUUCAUCUGGCAGUCACAGCUCACUGUACAUCAGAGAAUUCAUACUGGGGAGAAACCCCAUGGAUGUAAUGAAUGUGGAAAAGCCUUCAACAGGAAGUCAGAACUAAGUGUACAUCACAGAAUUCACACUGGGGAGAAACCCUUUGAGUGUAAUGAAUGUAAAAAAGCCUUCAUUCAAAAGUCAGAUCUCAUUGUACAUCAGAGAACUCACACUGGGGACAAAAGGUAUCAAUGCAAUGAUUGUGGGAAAGCCUUCAUCCGGAGCUCACAGUUCAUUGAACAUCAGAGAAUUCAUACUGGGGAGAAACCCUAUGAAUGCAGUGAAUGCAGAAAAGCUUUUAUCCAGAAAUCACAACUCAUUGUGCAUCAAAGAAUCCAUACUGGGAUGAAGCCAUAUGAAUGCAUUGAGUGUGGAAAAGCCUUUAGUAAGAAGUCACACCUCACUGUGCAUCAUAGAAUACAUACUGGAGAAAAACCCUAUGAAUGUAGUAAUUGUAGAAAAGCUUUCAGCAAGAAAUCUACUCUCAUUGUUCAUCAGAGAAUUCAUAUUGAACACAAAUCCUUUUAAUGGAAUGAGAAAACUUUGAUUCAGCGAUCAAAGUUUCAUCACACAUCAUAGAAUUCAUUAAGCCUAAAAAUUCUAUGUACUAAACUUGAGAAGCCUUCAACAAUAGCUCCCAAACUAUUAAGCACCAAAAAUAAAUACCAAGAAGCAACUUUGAGAAAUCAUGUUUCCAAAAAAAAAAUUACAUUGGACAUCUUGGUUCAGGCCUAAUACUAAAAGUUUUUUUUAAGUAUGAUAGAAAAAUCUCAACCACAUGUGAUUGACUUGUUCACUGUGUGGUACAAAUUUUUUAAAUGAGUGAGUAUAGUUGGCAUUUGAGCAACAUGGGUUAGGGGCACCAUUGCCCUAUGCACUUGAAAAUUCAUGUGUAACUUAACUCUCCAAAAACUUAACUAAUAAAUAGCCUCCUACUAUUGACUGGAAGCCUUACUGGUAACAUAACCAUUGAUUAACACGUUUUUAUAUUAUAUGUAUUAUAUAUUGUAUUCUUGCAAUUAAGUAAGCUAUAAAAAAGAAAAUGAUAUUAAGAAAGUC